UGAAUUUUAGCGUCAGCCGCUCGUGGCGUUCAGCCUUAAACUUUUUGAUCUUGAACUUCCCUUGAUCGCGACUCAUCCUUGCGAACAACGACAACAUGGCCGACGUCGAAACAGCACAGCUUGAAACAAUGGCACCGCAUGAUGGCGAAGGAGACGAUGUAUCUACGGCCCUCACGACGACCAAUACCGAGGUCGCAGCACCUGGAGAAAGGAAAGUGAAGAAGAUCAUUCGCAAGAAGAAGCGCCCCGCGCGACCCCAAGUCGAUCCUUCGACCAUGAAAUCAGAACCUCCUCCGCAGACUGGCACGAUCUUCAAUAUAUGGUAUAACAAGUGGUCGGGUGGCGAUCGCGAGGACAAGUACCUGAGCAAGACGGCCGCUGCAGGACGUUGCAACAUCGCCAAAGACACUGGCUACACGAAAGGCGACAAAGUCACAGGAAGCUAUUUCUGCCUCUUUUUUGCGCGUGGCAUCUGUCCAAAAGGUCACGAAUGUGAAUAUCUUCACAGAUUACCCGGUAUCCAUGAUAUGUUCAACCCGAACGUCGAUGUAUUUGGCAGAGACAAACAUUCGGAUUACAGAGAUGAUAUGGGAGGUGUUGGAAGCUUCAUGAGACAGAAUCGCACAAUCUAUGUUGGUAGGAUACAUGUCACAGAUGACAUUGAGGAAGUGGUUGCCAGACAUUUCGCAGAAUGGGGCCAGGUUGAGCGGAUACGUGUCUUGAACACCAGAGGUGUUGCUUUUAUCACAUACUCGAAUGAAGCGAAUGCACAAUUCGCCAAGGAAGCAAUGGCACAUCAGUCGUUAGAUCAUAGCGAGAUCUUGAACGUGCGAUGGGCUACCGCAGAUCCAAAUCCCAUGGCUCAGAAACGAGAAGUCAGGAGAAUUGAGGAACAGGCAGCGGAAGCAGUACGGAGAGCAUUGCCCGCCGAGUUCGUGGCUGAGAUUGAAGGUCGCGAUCCUGAAGCUCGAAAACGGAAGAGAAUCGAAGGUGGAUUUGGUCUGGCAGGAUAUGAAGCUCCUGAUGAUAUCUAUUAUGCGAGGGGUGCAAAUGCUGUUAAUCCAGUAGGGAGGCAAGGUCUUGAGCUCGAGGAGGAGCAAAGGUUAAUGAUCGAGGCUGAUCAAGUGGAGAGGGAAGAAGCUGAAGAAAGUGGGAUCUUCUCAAGCAGUACGCUCGCUGCAUUAAAGGGUGCCCAGGCUUCUGUGGCACCAAAACCAGCACCGAAGGCAUCUUCGGGACCUCUGGUGGCUUACGAUAGUGACAGUGAUUGAGGAGCAUAGUCUGGCGUUGGUGGACAUAUUUGAAUUGUGGUAUUAUUGGAAAUCACCUCGUGGAAGAACCCAUAGAUAUGGGAAGUAAAAAGCGGCCUUUGCCAAAGCCAGCUUCAGAGCUGCGCGAACAAAACUUAGCUGUUAAAUAUUCUCGAAUACAGCAUCUCAUGCCUUCC